AAAGAGAGAACGCAAACCACCACUCCGCAGUGCCCCAAGGACGGUCACCGGUGCCGGUACAUUCACUAGCCACCCCUGCUCUCCCGAUCAGGAUUCAGGAGCGCGCCAUCAUCCGCCAUGGACCACCUUCUCGACCGUCGCCUCGGCGCGCCUCUCGUCGUCAUCUUCUCCUGCCUGGCGCUCAUUCUUGCCGGGUGCAGCAGCGCGCUCGCAGCCCCGCGCCCGGUCUUCGCGUUCCCGGCAGUCGCCGCCAAGGCGCAGGCAAUGGCGCGCCACGAGCGCCUGCGCGUCGCGCUCGACGCCGCCGCCACGCGCGUGGGCAAGGCGCUCGGCGCGCUGGCCGCCGCCACGCCGGCCUCCUCGUCGCCGCUGGCCGCGGCCGCCCGGGAGGACUGCGCGGAGCUGCUGGACGAGGCCCUCCAGCUCCUGGCCGGCGCGGGGGCGCCCGGAGCGGCCCGCCGCGACGCGCUCACGUGGCUGUCCGCCGCGCUCACCAACCACGACACCUGCGCCGAUAGCCUCGCCGAGGCCGGGGCGCCCCUCCACGCGCACCUCGCCGCCGCUCGCGGCGUGGUCCGUGACAGCCUCGCCAUGUACGCGUCCACCGCCGCGGAGGCCGCAACCGCCACCACAACAACUGGGGCCGGCGGCGCGGGCGGCCUCGUCAUGGGCGAGGAACGCAGCGGCAAGAACGAGACGAAACGGCGGGGCCCGUGCGGUUUCCCGCGGCGGCAGCCGGUGAGGGACCGGCGCCUGCUGCUAGCCCCCGCGGCGGCGCUGGCUGCGAGCGCCGACAUUGUGGUCGCCAAGGACGGCACGGGGACACACGCCACCAUCGCCGACGCCGUGAAGGCGGCGCCCGAGUGCAGCGAGCGCCGGACGGUGAUACACGUCAAGGAGGGACGGUAUGACGAGAACGUCAAGGUGGGGAUGAAGAAGACCAACCUGCUGUUCGUCGGGGACGGCAAGGGCGUCACAGUGGUCGCCGGCAACCGCAGCGUUGCUGACAACUAUACCACCUUCCGGACCGCCACCUUUGCCGCGUCCGGGUUUGGGUUCAUGAUGCGCGACAUGACGGUGGAGAACUGGGCGGGGCCGGCGGGGCACCAGGCGGUGGCGCUGCGCGUGAGCGCCGACCGCGCCGUCGUCCACCGCUGCAGCAUCGCCGGGUACCAGGACACGCUGUACGCGCAUUCUAACCGCCAGUUCUACCGCGACUGCGACAUCUACGGCACCGUGGACUUCGUCUUCGGCAAUGCCGCCGCCGUGCUCCAGCGCUGCAACCUCUGGGCGCGCGUGCCGCUGCCGGGCCAGAAGAACACCGUCACCGCGCAGAGCCGGAACGAUUCGUGCCAGCGCACCGGCAUCGUCCUCCACGCCUGCCGCCUCGUGGCGGCCGCGCCGGCAGAAGGCCUCUCGCCCGCGGCGGCCCCGGCGCCCGUCCCGGACCGUUCGCCGCUGCUCCUCUCCCCGACGACGUACCUGGGCCGGCCAUGGAAGUCCUUCUCCAGGGUGGUGGUGAUGAUGUCGUACAUCGGCCCGCACGUGCCGCCGCAGGGAUGGAUGGAGUGGAACGCCACCAGCACCUACGCACUCGACAGGCUUUACUUCGGCGAGUACAUGAACUACGGGCCCGGCGCUGGGUUGGCCGGGCGUGUUGCGUGGCCUGGCCACCGCGUCAUCAACAGCACCGCGGAAGCGGAGAGCUUCACGGUGGCGCGGUUCAUCGACGGCGCGUCCUGGCUGCCGGCCGCCGGGGUCUCCUUCGUUGCCGGGCUCUCGCUGCUGUAAUCGUCUUGAUGGAAAUCCCAGGGCACACCAGGGACCAGGCAGGCUGAGUGACAAGUAGACGUGAUAAUGUACUUUUAGUGGCGGCAGUUCGAAUCAAUUCAAAUCAUUUUGCUGUGAGAUUUCAGAUAACAAAUUUGCA